AUGUCUGAUAUUAAUUCGUUACAGUAUCAUGUGUUUGCAGUUUCAGUUAGCGUGCCGGGGCUGGCCAUCCUGGUGUUGGUCGUGGCCGUGGUGCUGGCCACUCUGGGCCUGGUUACGUGCGUCGUGAGCCAUUACCGAGCUGGUGGCGGAGGUCUGGGGGGCCGCGCUCGCUCGUGGCACAGUGAGCAUCCACCCCCGGGCCCCGCCCCAACGGCACCCAUGCUGGCCCUGCAGCCUGGAAUGGAAAGGCUGAGCCACGAGAUGAGGGAUCGCCAGGUGCGCCUGCACUCCGUCAGUACUGACUUGGAGCUGGACCUGCCACCCAACAUCGCUCUGCCAGAUGGAGAAGAGAUCCCUUAUGGCAGUUCCACAAGGCUGCAGAUCCGUGAUCCUGAGCAGGAGAGCGAGAUCUACCAGAAGUGCAUCCGGCCGCCGCCCAACCGCACGGUGUUCGACGGCGAGUCGCCGCCGCCGUACCGCUCCAGCUCGGCCGGGCUGCUGGCGCUGGGCGCGGGGGCGGGCGCGGGCGCGGGGGCGAGCGACUGGUCCAGCGGCAGCGGCAGUAGCGGACCGCACGUGGUGCGCUGCCACAGCCUCUCCAGCAGCAGCAGCAGUAGCAGCAGCAGCGCCAGCAGCAGCAGCGGUUGGCGGCGGCGUCGGGGCGGCGGCUGCGGGCCCGUGGGGCGGCAAGUGGGCGCGGCUGCGCGGCCGGCGAUUUCGCCUUCUGCUCGCGGGAGGCGCGGCGGCGUUCGCAGACCACCGUGGGCCGUGGAGCGCCCUUGCGCCUCCGCGCCCUGCCCGCGCCGCGCCCGCCCCGGCGCCGCGCCCUCGCUCCGCCCCCGCGCCGACGCGCUUUCCGCCCCCUGCUGAUCGCCCGCCCCCGCCUCCGC